AUGCUACCACUGUACUUAGCAAGGAACCUCUCCCCAUCUUUUUGGCUGAUGCAGGGUUUGCUGUCAAUACUGCGUAAAUUGAAGAGUGCACCAGAUCAGGAGGUAAGAAUCCUCCUCCUGGGACUGGAUAAUGCGGGCAAAACCACCCUUUUGAAACAGCUAGCAUCAGAAGAUAUCACCCACAUCACUCCAACACAGGGUUUUAACAUUAAAAGCGUGCAGUCACAAGGAUUCAAGCUGAAUGUAUGGGACAUUGGGGGACAGAGGAAGAUCAGACCUUACUGGAGGAAUUAUUUUGAAAAUACCGAUAUCCUGAUUUAUGUCAUUGAUAGUGCAGAUAGAAAGAGAUUCGAAGAAACCGGUCAGGAGUUAGCGGAGCUUUUAGAUGAAGAGAAGCUCAGUGGCGUUCCUGUGCUCAUCUUUGCUAACAAACAAGACUUGCUUACGGCAGCCCCUGCUGCGGAGAUCGCAGAGGGUCUGAACUUGCACACUAUCCGUGACAGAGUCUGGCAGAUUCAGUCUUGUUCAGCCCUCACAGGAGAAGGUGUGCAGGAUGGCAUGAACUGGGUCUGCAAAAACGUCAAUGCAAAGAAGAAAUAAGUCCAGCUGAGUUGCGUGGGAUCGGAGGGGCUGCCAGAGCCAAACGCACUAGCUGGCUGCUAGCAUCUGACCAAAUAUUUUUCCAUCUGCGUGCAGCAACAGCUGUUAGAAAUGGGAACAGCAGCUAAGUCUACUGCUUGAAUUGGAACUUUACCUAUUCUCUAGUAUCACCCCACCCAUAAAUUGAACCCCUCCUUUUUCAUAAAUAGUAUUAAAGGUCUCCAUAUUCAUCUGCCUAGAGAGUGAAU